AGUGUGAUGGUGAGGUACUGGCCAUGCCUGGUGGUGCCUUGUGUCUUGGUGUGUUGUUGGUGCGCUCUCUCCACCGCCCUCCCGACAUCCUUCCUCCGCCCAGAUGAUCCUGCGGAGGUGGUUGUGAAGCGGAUGGCAGGAGCACCUAACGAGUCCAUGCUACGCUACAUCCUGAUGGCCAUAUCCAACCCAGCAGCUCGAUACCAGUCCCCACAGCUCCUUAACCGAGGCGUCAGGAGGAUUGGCUCGGAGUUCCUUGGCAAAAGAUCAGCUGGGAGGCUCACGGCUGCCGACAACCCCGGAAAUUUUGUGAGCGAAAACACCAGCAACGAAGACGGUACUGAGAAAGACCUGAAGAAGGAGCAGUUCAGUUUUACCGGUCAAUAUGACUACGACGACAGAGCUGCCGAGAACCCCAGCGAGGACUUGUUUACAGCGAAACCCAAGAAAAGCGUUCGAGGCUUCCAUGCAGACAACAGUUAUGAAGGACUGAAAAACUUCUUUGGUAUGCUCACCUCAAAGAAAAUGGGAUCAGAGUUCUUAGGAAAGAGAAUGGGUUCAGAAUUCUUAGGCAAGAGAGUUGUAGAUUCAGAAUAUCUAGGAAAACGGGCCAUGGGAUCAGAAUUCCUGGGAAAAAGGGCCAUGGGAUCAGAAUUUUUAGGUAAAAGGGCCAUGGGCUCAGAAUUCUUGGGAAAAAGAGCAAUGGGAUCAGAAUUUUUAGGAAAAAGAGCCAUGGGGUCCGAGUUUCUUGGCAAGAGGGCCAUGGGGUCUGAGUUUUUAGGAAAGAGAACAAUGGGAUCCGAAUUUCUGGGAAAACGAGCGAUGGGUUCAGAAUUUUUGGGCAAGAGAGCUAUGGGCUCCGAGUUUCUAGGAAAGCGAGCCAUGGGUUCAGAAUUUCUAGGCAAGAGAGUUAUGGGCUCAGAAUUUCUUGGGAAGAGGUUAUAUGGACCUGAAUUUGUCCGCGCAUUAGAAUAUGAUCAGAAGAGAGCAGUGGGCUCUGAGUUCCUCGGGUGAAGAGACUCCUCUAGUGCUACGAGAUGUUUCAAAAUGUGAAGAAAAAGUUGCAGUCCAUACGAAUUCUAGCAGGGAACUAAUUCAUACUUCUGUUUAAUGUUAAGUAAUUGAGCUUUCUAGGUUAUCUUUAGUAAAUAAGAAUCAACAAACUAGGAAUGUAAAACACAAGCAGCAGAGCGAAGUUUUUUAUUAAACGACGUUUUUGAUCUUUACUGAUAAAGCAGUAGAGCGAAACGUAGUCCAGGAAAACAAAGCGAGGUCUGCAAGGUACAUUUUACACUACUAGUUUGUGGGCUGCUGACCAUUACUGCAGAGCUCGGGAUAGAUGUAAUAGAUUAGACUAGUCCGCCAGUUCUUCUUUAAUAAGGAUUCCCGUGUUAGUGAGAUCACUCGGCAGACAGAGGGAUGAUAAGUGAUGACCAUCUAACAUUUAGUAAUGACGAGUGAUGACCAUCUGAUAUUUAGUAAUGGCGAGUAAUGACCAUCUGAUAUUUAAUAAUGACGUGUGAUGACCAUUUAACAUUUAGUAAUGACUGGUGAUGGCUAUUUCACACUUAGGGAUGAAGUCAAAAUGACCCUCGCGUACUUGUUUUACAACAACAUCCUAAAAAAAAAACUUAUUUCGUAUUGGUUGUGAAACAUAAUGCUUCCUGUAAUAGCAUUCGAAAUAAUGUCCAUUAAAUUUACAUGUUUUUGCCAAAAUAGACUACAUCCUUCGUGGUAAGUUGACCAUAAGUGGUUUCACAACCUAGAUAUUCUUUCAUACUUGGUGGCAUUCCAAAAACAUCAUAAAUUGGUAUUUGAGAGCUACUACCAUGCUUGACUAGAGGAUGGUGGUUCAUCUCUGGUUGUCUCGUUGCAUACUACAUCAUCAACAACCACCUCAUUAGUCUAUUUAUCUCUGUGUUAAUAUUGUAUUCAUGGCCAAGAACAGUAUUUGUUGACGAUGGAUUCUACAAAUUGUAAUAAACAUAUGUUUUGAUUCGCGUUAA